GAUCCGAAUUCCAGGGAGGCGGGGCUGAGACGGGCGCAGUGGCUGCAGUGGCGGGACCGGAUCGCUGUGGCUCGGGCGGCGGCCGUCCGGCCCAGCUCCGGCCCCUGCCCCUACCGGGGCGAUGCUCCCCGAGGCCGCGGGAUGAGCCAGUGACUUGGCGGCUGGCCUGGGCAUGGCGGACCCAGUGGCAGGCAUUGCAAGCUCGGCAGCCAAAAGCGUGAGGCCAUUCCGUUCGAGUGAGGCCUAUGUGGAGGCCAUGAAGGAGGACCUGGCCGAGUGGCUCAACGCCUUGUACGGACUGGGGCUGCCCAGUGGCGGUGAUGGCUUCCUGAUGGGCCUGGCCACCGGCACCACUCUGUGCCAGCAUGCCAACGCGGUCACCGAGGCUGCCCGUGCUUUGGCUGCUGCCCGCCCAGCGCGAGGUGUGGCUUUCCAGGCCCACAGCGUGGUGCCCGGCUCCUUCAUGGCCCGAGACAACGUGGCCACCUUCAUCGGCUGGUGCCGAGUGGAGCUGGGAGUGCCCGAAGUGCUCAUGUUUGAGACCGAGGACUUGGUGCUGCGGAAGAACGAGAAGAGCGUGGUGCUCUGCCUGCUGGAGGUGGCUCGGCGCGGGGCCCGCCUCGGCUUGCUCGCUCCUCGCCUCGUGCAGUUUGAACAGGAGAUUGAGCAGGAGCUGCGUGCUGCACCCUCGGCCCCCAGUGCCCCCAAUGCCCCCACUGCCGGGGAGGACACCCCCGAAACUGCUGCUGCACCAGGGGUUCCCGCCCGUGGGCCCCGCAUGACGCCCAUGGACCUCCGCAACCUCGACGAACUGGUGAGGGAGAUCUUGGGCCGCUGCACCUGCCCAGACCAAUUUCCCAUGAUCAAGGUCUCGGAGGGGAAGUACCGCGUGGGAGACUCCAGCCUGCUUAUCUUUGUACGGGUGCUGAGGAGCCAUGUGAUGGUUCGAGUGGGUGGCGGCUGGGACACGCUGGAGCACUACCUAGACAAGCAUGACCCUUGCCGCUGCUCCUCCACAGCGCACCGCCCACCCCAGCCGAGGACCCAAACCUUCUCCCCCCAGAGGGGAUCACCCAUCCCCAGCCCCCGAGCUGGUAGCCCAACACCAGGGGGUGAGCGGCGAGGCUCCCGGCCAGAGGUGACACCCACCAGCUUACGAAGUUCAAAGGAGGGGCCCGAGACCUCACUCAGGGCCCGGGAUUCACUGCCCCCUCAUCCCCGCUCUCGACGCUACUCUGGGGACAGCGACUCUUCAGCCUCCUCAGCCCAGAGCGGCCCACUCGGUGCCCGAAGUGAUGACUCAAGCACUGCUCCCUGGAGGGAACGGCCUAGCCGGCGGCUGACCACAGGCACCCCAGCCUCCCCGAGACGGCCACCUGCCCCUCGAAGCCAGUCCCGAGACCAGCUAGAUCAGCUAGAUCGGGGCCGGCCCCGGGAGGCCCCAGGAGGCAGGAGAGCCCAGCUGUCAACCCCCAGUCCUGCCCGAAGGGCCCGGAGCCAGAGCCGCGAGGAGUAUGCUGUGCUGCUUGUGCGUAGGGACCGAGAUGGGCAGCACUCGUGGGUGCCACGGGGUAGGGGCAGUGGGGGCUCCGGCAGGAGCAGCCCCCGUACUCCCCGUGCCUGCAGCCCUGCAGCACCCCGGCCUCCCCGGGUCCCCAGCCCCAGUCCAGAGCUGGGCACCACACCGGCCAGUGUCUUCCGCACCCCCCUGCAGCUUGAUCCGCAGCACGAGCAGCAGUUGUUCAGGCGCCUGGAAGAGGAGUUCCUGGCCAAUGCCCGAGCCCUUGAGGCUGCUGCUGGGGGGACGCCCCCUGGACCAGCCCCUGACCUGGCUCGGGCCCCAGACCCUGCAGCUCCCGACUCAGCCUACUGUUCCACCAGUUCCUCCUCUUCGUCCCUCAGCAUCCUGGGUGGCAAGUGUGGCCAACCGGGGGACUCUGGCCGGAUGGCCAAUGGGCUGCCUGGGUGCCGCGGUCCAGCCCUGUCCAGCUCUUCCGAUGAAGGUAGCCCCUGCCCUGCUGUGGGGGGGCUUCCAGAUGCAGCUGGGAGCCACCUGGCUGGCCCUGAGCCCCUGAGGACCUGGGCACGGGGCCGGAUGGACUCACAGCCAGACCGAAAACCCUCACGAAUCCCCACACCUAGGGGCCCCCGCCGCCCAUCUUUACCCACGGUGCCUGGGGCCUGGCAUGCCCUACAUUCGGUCAGCCCAAGGGCUGAGCCAGAUUCCUGGAUGUAACGGACCAGCCCAGCUGCCCCCAGGCCCCACUUCCCCCUCCUUUUCCUUUGUGGCCUUAACCCCUCUGCAUCAGGGAACACCCCCACCCUUGCACCUCUUGGGUACCAGACCUCAUGGGACCAGACCCCUUAGGACCACAUGGCACAAUGGGACCUCUGUUGUACAUUCCGAUUGGGGGAUCAGUGUUGCUAUUUAAUUACUAAUAUUAUUGAAUGCCUUAGAGGAGGCUGGGCCAGCCCAGUGAAGACCUUCCUGAGGUCCUGUGGCCUUGCAGAACCUGACAGUAAAGUUUUGUUCCAGCCA